AUGGCAUCUUCAUUCCCAGAGGCAAAGAUUGACAAAGCCGCCCGCGAGGCAGAGUACCAGGCACUCUGGCAGGUCUGCGAUCGCGCAACUCGCAAGCCCGAGUACAUCUACGGCGACGAAAGACUCAAGCGCUCUUUUCUCGAAGAUACAUGUGACGCUCUCAUGCUCAAGAGAAUGAAGCUCGGCAAGGUUCACUGUGGAACUGACAUCAGCGCCAUGGUGACCCUUCAUCUUCAGCGCGAAGUCGCCGGCCGUCUUCUCGCGGGUGCUCGUAUGGCUGCUCCAGCCCCUGCUCCCAAUCCGAUGCCGUACGUGGGAAAUGGCCCUACAUUCAAUCCGCCCCAGAACGUGUAUGCUGCGAACCCGGAUCCAUACAAUGGCAAUCCAGCUCCGUACAACGUCGCCCAGGCACCGCCACCAAUCCCCCAUCCCCGGGUUCGUGCUUCUCCCCCAAACUUUAACUUUGCCAUCCCGAACAGUAACGAAGAUUUGCGGCAUGACAUGGACAGAGCCAUCAACACCCUCCGACAGUACGCCCAAAGAAUCGCCACGCUUGAAAAGACAGUUGCCACUCUCGAAAACCAAGUCGCCAAGAUCACUCGUGAGCGCGACAUGUACAAGGCUGGGCCGAUUGACAUGAUGAACGCCGACAUGAAAAAGUCAGCUUCCGUCUCUCCUGGCAUGUUCAACUACCCCGUCGAGGGGAUCGAGGGCUUGGCUGCUGCCGCCGCCGCCGCCUAUCCGCACCCCGGACCUCUCACGCCUAGAAGUCAGACGCAGGAAGGGGAUGAGGAUGGGGAUGGGACGUAUCAUCCUGGAAAUUGA